AUGGCCCAGUCACCGGUGACUUUCACCGAUGUGUUCGAGGAGGAGGAUGCCCCCAAGGAGGGCCAGAGCAUUCACCACAUUCGAGCCAAUUCUAGCAUCAUGCAAUUGAAGAAGCUUCUAGUCGCCAACCGUGGUGAAAUCCGUGACUAUUCGAGUAUGUCUCGAUCUUGCGCUUUGUGCUUCCUCGCUGCUCACGAGCUUUCUCUACAAACCAUUGCCGUUUUCAGUUAUGAGGACCGUCUCAGCAUGCACAGGCAAAAGGCCGACGAAGCCUACGUCAUCGGCAAAAGAGGCCAAUACACCCCUGUCGGAGCUUAUCUCGCUGGCGACGAGAUCAUCAAGAUCGCCGUCGAGCAUGGCGCUCAGAUGAUCCACCCUGGCUACGGUUUCCUCUCCGAGAACGCCGAAUUUGCUCGUAACGUCGAGAAGGCCGGACUCAUCUUUGUCGGCCCCUCCCCCGAUGUCAUUGACUCCCUUGGCGACAAAGUCUCAGCCAGAACGCUCGCCAUCGCCGCCGGUGUCCCUGUUGUUCCCGGAACUGAAGGCGCAGUCGAAACCUUCGAGGCCGUGAAGAGCUUUACCGACGAAUAUGGCUUCCCCAUCAUUAUCAAGGCUGCCUACGGCGGUGGUGGUCGUGGUAUGCGAGUCGUCCGCGACCAGGAGAGCCUCAAGGAGUCAUUCGAGCGGGCUACCUCCGAAGCCAAGUCCGCCUUCGGCAACGGUACCGUCUUCGUUGAGCGCUUCCUCGACAAGCCCAAGCACAUCGAGGUGCAGCUUCUCGGUGACAACCACGGCAACAUUGUGCACCUGUACGAGCGUGACUGCUCGGUCCAGCGCCGUCACCAGAAGGUGGUCGAGGUCGCCCCGGCCAAGGACCUCCCCCAGGAGACCCGCGAUGCCAUCCUUGCCGACGCCGUCAGGCUGGCCAAGUCUGUCAACUACCGCAACGCCGGUACGGCCGAGUUCCUCGUCGACCAGCAGAACCGCUACUACUUCAUCGAAAUCAACCCGCGCAUCCAGGUCGAGCACACCAUCACCGAGGAGAUCACAGGCAUCGACAUCGUGGCUGCUCAGAUCCAGAUUGCCGCCGGCGCCACGCUGCAGCAGCUCGGUCUCACCCAGGACCGCAUCUCUACCCGAGGCUUUGCCAUCCAGUGCCGUAUUACCACCGAAGACCCCUCCAAGGGCUUCCAGCCUGAUACGGGCAAGAUCGAGGUCUAUCGCUCCGCCGGCGGUAACGGUGUCCGUCUAGAUGGUGGCAACGGCUUUGCCGGUGCCGUCAUCACUCCCCAUUACGACUCCAUGUUGGUCAAAUGUACUUGCCAAGGCUCCACCUACGAGAUUGCUAGGAGGAAGAUGCUGCGAGCUUUGGUCGAAUUCCGUAUCCGUGGUGUCAAGACCAACAUCCCUUUCCUUGCGUCAUUGCUCACCCACCCCACCUUCAUCGACGGCAACUGCUGGACCACCUUCAUCGACGACACCCCGCAAUUGUUCGACUUGGUCGGCAGCCAGAACCGUGCCCAGAAGCUGCUCGCCUACCUCGGCGAUCUGGCCGUCAACGGCAGCAGCAUCAAGGGACAGAUGGGCGAGCCCAAGUUCAAGGGCGAUAUCAUCCUGCCCGUGCUCAAGAACGACGACGGCAGCAAGGUCGACGUCUCCCAGCCCUGCCAGUCCGGGUGGAGGCAGAUCAUCCUGGAGCAAGGCCCCAAGGCUUUCGCCAAGGCAGUCCGCGAAUACAAGGGCUGCUUGCUCAUGGACACCACCUGGCGAGAUGCUCACCAGUCGCUCCUGGCCACCCGUGUGCGGACGGUGGAUCUCUUGAACAUCGCCAAGGAGACCAGCCACGCCCUCCACAACCUUUACAGCUUGGAAUGCUGGGGCGGCGCCACUUUCGACGUUGCCAUGCGCUUCCUCUACGAAGACCCCUGGGAGAGGCUGCGACGCAUGAGGAAGCUUGUGCCCAACGUCCCCUUCCAGAUGCUCCUCCGGGGUGCCAACGGUGUGGCCUACGCUUCCCUCCCCGACAAUGCCAUCGACCAGUUUGUCGACCAGGCGAAGAAGAACGGCGUCGACAUCUUCCGCAUCUUCGAUGCGCUGAACGACAUCAACCAGCUCGAGGUCGGCAUCAAGGCCGUGCACAAGGCCGGCGGUGUCGUCGAGGGUACCGUUUGCUACAGCGGUGACAUGCUCAACCCCAAGAAGAAGUACAACCUCGAGUACUAUCUCGACCUGGUCGACAAGCUUGUCGCCCUCGACAUCCAUGUCCUCGGCAUCAAGGAUAUGGCUGGUGUCCUCAAGCCUCAUGCUGCCACUCUCCUGAUCGGCGCCAUCCGCGAGAAGUACCCCGACCUUCCCAUCCACGUCCACACCCACGACUCGGCCGGUACCGGUGUCGCGUCGAUGGUUGCCUGCGCAAAGGCCGGUGCCGACGCCGUCGACGCCGCCACCGACAGCUUGUCGGGCAUGACUUCGCAACCGAGCAUCAACGCCAUCAUGGCUUCGCUCGAGGGCAGCGAUCUGGACCCCGGUCUGAACCCCGCGCACGUUCGUGCCCUCGACACGUACUGGCAGCAGCUGCGUCUCCUGUACUCGCCCUUCGAGGCUCACCUCGCCGGCCCCGACCCCGAAGUGUACGAGCACGAAAUCCCCGGUGGUCAGCUCACCAACAUGAUGUUCCAGGCCGCGCAGCUCGGCCUCGGAACCCAAUGGACCGAGACCAAGAAGGCCUACGAGCAAGCCAACGAGCUCCUGGGCGAUAUCGUCAAGGUCACUCCUACUUCCAAGGUCGUCGGAGAUCUUGCUCAGUUCAUGGUCUCGAACAAGCUCACCCCCGAGGAUGUGCAGAAGCGAGCGGGCGAACUCGACUUCCCCGGAUCGGUGCUCGAGUUCCUGGAGGGCAUGAUGGGCCAGCCGUACGGCGGCUUCCCCGAGCCGCUCCGGACGAACGCUCUCCGCGGACGCCGCAAGCUCGACGCGCGGCCGGGUCUGUUCCUCGAGCCCGUCGACUUUGCCAAGGUCAAGCGCGAGCUGGCCAAGAAGUUCGGCGGCCCCGUCUCGGAGACGGACGUCGCCUCGUACGUCAUGUACCCCAAGGUGUUCGAGGAGUACAAGAAGUUCGUGCAGAAGUACGGCGACCUGUCGGUCCUCCCGACCAAGUACUUCCUGUCCAGGUCGGAGAUUGGCGAGGAGUUCCACGUCGAGCUGGAGAAGGGCAAGGUCCUCAUCCUCAAGCUCCUGGCGGUGGGCCCGCUCAGCGAGAACACGGGCCAGAGGGAGGUGUUCUACGAGAUGAACGGCGAGGUCCGCCAGGUGACGGUGGAUGACCGCAAGGCGUCGGUGUCCAACCUGACGCGGCCCAAGGCCGACCCUCUUGACUCCAGCCAGGUCGGCGCGCCGAUGGCCGGUGUGUUGGUUGAGCUUCGCGUCAAGGAGGGUGCAGAUGUGAAGAAGGGCGACCCGCUCGCCGUUCUCAGCGCUAUGAAGAUGGAAAUGGUCAUCUCAGCGCCGCACAACGGCAAGGUGUCCGACAUGCAAGUCAAGGAGGGCGACUCGGUGGAUGGCUCCGACCUUGUGUGCAGGAUUGUCAAGGCGUAG